UUCUCACUUAGUUCUUUGCGCAUUUUUGCUUCCCUCUCUAUUGCUGAGAGCUUUUUCGCAGAUUAAAAUGGUGGGACUCCGUUAAUCUCCUUGAAAUUCAAAAUCAGGUACAAUUUUCUUCCGUACAUGAUUUCUAUGGCUUUGAAUGCUAGAUUUAAAUCCGGGUUUUCGAAUAACCUUAAUAGCAUCGAAGAUGUCAAGAGUUUAUACAAGCAGAUGGUCAAAACGAGGCCUCUGCCUUCUGUUAUUGACUUCAAUCAAUUGCUUGGUCGUGUGGUUAAAUUGAAGCAAUAUUCAGCUGUUGUUUAUCUCUUUAAUGACAUGUGUGUUUUGAACAUUCCUGUUACUGAAUGCUCCCUGAAUAUUGUCAUGAAUUCUUGCUGUUCUGCAAAUCGGGUUGAUUUCGGGUUUUCAAUAUUGGGGGAAUUCUUUAAGCGUGGUGUUGUGCCUAAUGUAUCUACGUUUAGUACUUUACUGAAAGGAUUGUUUAAAGAAAAUAGGAUUUCCCAGGCUCAGGAAUUGUUCAAGAAGAUAAUAUACGAAAGGCUAUGCGAACCCGAUGAGAAAAUGUAUGGGAUUGUAGUAGACGGGCUUUGUAAAGUCGGGAACACGAAAAUGGCUGUUGAAUUUGUUAGGAUAAUGGAAAGAGGAAGAGUUAAACCGAAUGCUGUAGUUUACAGUACUGUUAUUGAUAGUUUGUGCAAGGAUAAAAUGGUGGAUGAAGCAGUUGCUUUUUUACGUCGGAUGAUUGGAAAGGGUGUUUCACCGGAUGUUGUUACUUGUACUUGUUUGAUCAAGGGUUUAUGCAAUACAGGGAAAUUGGACGCUGCUAAAAGUGUGUUCAAUGAGAUGGUGGAUUUGGGUAUUGCUCCAAAUGUUUAUACCUUUAAUAUAUUGGUUGACGCGUUAUGUAAGGAAGCUAAGGUAAAAGAUGCAGAGGGUUUGGUUGACAUAAUGAUUGAACGAGGUCAGUAUCCUGAUAGUUUCACUUACAAUGCUUUGAUUGAAGGAUGUUGUUUGCAGGGGCGAGUAAACAAAGCAAGGAAAUUCUUUGAUACCAUGGCUGCUCAUGGAGUUGGUCCAGAUAUACUCAGUUAUUGUAUAUUGAUUAAUGGAUAUUUUAAGAAAAGGAAAACUGAUGAAGCCAUGUAUCUCUUCCGAGAGAUAUCACAUAAAGGGUUAACACCUGAUAUUUCUAUUUAUAAUACUGUCUUGCAGGGCUUGUUUAGGGUCGGAAGGUAUGUUACUGCAGGAGAAGUUUUCCUUGGGAUGCAAUCUGCUAAUAUCAGUCCCGAUUUUCAUACUUAUUGUGUGAUGUUGCAUGGCCUAUGUAAGAGUGGACAUAUUGAUGAAGCAUUAGAGCUGAUUUCUAAGAUUGAAACUGAUGCAGUAGAACUUCAUGUGUCUAUGUACAAUAUCAUCCUUGAUGGGUUGUGCAAAUGUGGGAGGCUUGAUCAUGCAAGGGGUCUUUUCAGUAGUCUCUCAAUUAAAAGACUGAAUCCUAAUGUUGCAACGUAUAACACAAUGAUAACUGGGUUUUGUUGGGAAGGUUUGCUUGAUGAAGCAAAAGAAUUUGCCAUCAAAAUGGAAGAGAAUGGUUGCUCGGCAGAUAUGACCACAUACAAUGUCAUUGUUCAAGGACUUCUCAAAAGGGGUGAAUUUGAUGAUGCAAUAACAUGUCUUGAAAAAAUGUUUGAAAGAGGAUUUUCUCUGCACUCAUCUACAUUUUCAAUGUUACUUGAUUUGUUCCAGGAAAAUGAAAACAGUCCUGUUCUUGCCAAGAUAAUUCAGAAGUGUAAUCCGGCAAGCAAGUAGUCAAAGUCAUGAAUGGUGGAUACAUUGUACCACUUAGUAACUUGCUGUUCUAUGCUGGCUCCUGAAUCCACUAUAAAUUGGUCCUGAACCAUAAUAAUUGGGAAAAUUAAUGCUUUGAAAUGGAUGAGAGGUUGCCUCCAUUUUGUGCUUUUGCUAAAGAACCAUGACUGGUAAUUCUGGAGGAGAACCCUUGGCCAUAUCCUGCAAACUGCAAGAAAUUCCGUUGGGCUGUUCCAUUUGUGCCUGCCUUUGUGAUCCAGGAAGUCAUCUACUGAACUGCUGAAUUCAACACUUUCUUGGCUUAUGAUCAUGGUGUUGACCAUUCAAAACUGAUGAAAGUCCCCAGGGGAGGAUGAGGAUGAGGAUGGACAAAAUUUUGCUUUUGGUUUCCAUGGUCCAUGUGAGGGAAAGGCAAAGUAUUCCAGAUGUGAUUAUGAUUAUUUAGAGAUAUGAAUUCUCAAGGGUUGCAAGAAAAACAUAGGUUGGGUCAUCAAGUAUGGAGUGAGCUUGUGUCAUAUCACUGGGUUUCCAGGACAGAUUAGCCAAAGGCAUAACCUAGCAUGGCCUGAAGUGAUAAGCUUUCAUCCAUAUAAUCCACAGAUUGUGUUAGUGGCCUUUGCUUUCAAGCCAUUUUGGUACAACUUUGAGAAUGGGACACGGGAGAAUGUUGGUGACGGUCUAUUACCAUCUAUGAGCCAAUUGGUCCUAUAUGAAUGGUCUCCUUUAGGCUGCAAAGACAUAAGCAUUCAUUUACUGGAUCCAUGGUCUCACCUCAAUUGUUACUGGGACCAACAAGUGGGACCUAUACAAACAUUUAACAUUGAGAGAACAGGAAAUUGCACCCUGAAGACAUGCAUCAGCCCUUCCUGGGAGCAUCAUGAACUAAAUGCUAAGUUGAAAAUCUAGGAGAAACAUAGAACUAAACAUGGAUGGGUUACAGUUUACAGGGUCUAUACAACUUAUGGGCUUAGACAUGUGAAGAAGCCCACUGCUGAUACUCAAAAUGCCACAUACAGUUGUCUUCAAGUUACCUUUUUGUCCAUGGCAGUGGAAUAAAUUUUCAAGCUCCAGUACCUUAGUUCCUUAUUGAUGCUGUACCUCGAUUAGAAAGAUCAACUUAUUCCAGCUAGGUCUUAGCAUGUGCAGACAGAGAAAAAUGAGAAGCACUUCCUCUGAUUAAUGCAUGAAGUGACAAUGAACAUCUGAAGAACAAAAAAUGUACAAAUUUAGUAGUUAUUUAUGGCAGCUGUUGAACCCAUCUUCAUUCCCUCUGCAGGAGACUCAUGAUUGGAAAUUAGAAAGACAAAUAUUCUUCUAUGUUAUGCGCCUUCACGACUACUUUUAGAGAUUAUGUCUGAUUAGUUUGCAUCUUUAUUAGAUUGUUGGUGUUAUGUUAGGUUUGCCUGUAUCUAGCCUGUUUAUAAAUAUGCACUGUAACAGGUAAUAUCUGGAUUAUAUGAAUUCCUCCAUUUGUCAGUAUUGAUCUUCUCCAAACAAUGUUGACUUACCACUUAUUGGUGGUCCUUUAUUUGUUCUGAGCUCUGCUUUAGGUUUGUCUUCUGCCUUUCGUAUUCAUGUAUACUAUUUGAACUGAGACAAUGAACUUUCAUACUCAUUCAAUGGAUUUUUCUUUUUUGAC